UUGUGAAACCUGUUUUUUUUUCACUUUGUUUCGUUUUUUUUUCAGAAUGAAGUGGCUUUUGAUAACGGCGAUUCUAGUCGGGAUCCUUGCUACCUCCCACGCCCGCAACGACGACGACGCGCGGGCCGUGGUUGGCUUCAGCACCCGGACCGUAAUUAUCCUCACGACCUCAGUGACCACCGUCCCCGUGACCUGCGCGCUCUUCCCCGGCGAGGUCACCUGUCAGAAGCGACGCUAUCGCCGCUUCGCCGGCAUCCGCAGCUUGGACGACGAGCCGGGAGGCGAUCUCGACCCCAUUCUUCAGAGCACCUUCGACGUUCCUCCGGGCAAUGAGGUCGACCUCGAGGGCGAGCGGAGUCGUCGCGCCCUCGCCCUCACCGUCUGGUCGACCACGUCCUCCACCUACACCUACACCUCCGAGAGCACCAACACCGCCACCACCUUCUCGCUCUCGUACUUCUGCACGGCCGUCGGCGCCAGCUUCCCUCCGGCGUGUUGAAGAGAAACCACUGAGAAGGUGUCGUGUUGCGGAAGGAGAGAGAGAGGGAGCGUUUAUGUAAUAUUUUUCUUUUUUUUAUGUUUCUCUUUCUGUUUA